AUCCCUCCCUCCCUCUCCUUCAGCUCCAGCUCCAGCUUUUCCCAAGAAAUCCGCCUCUCCUAAUCCGGGCCGAUUCGGGUCGGGUCGUCUCAACCGGGGGCCCCUCCCGCCCUCGCGCUCGUCGAUGGAGUCAUCGAGCUCGGGAGCCGCUGCUUCGGCCGAGCACAGCGUCCGAGGAAUCCUCACGCAUGGCGGGCGCUACGUGCAGUACAAUGUGUACGGGAACCUCUUCGAGGUCUCGAAGAAGUACGUCCCCCCGAUUCGGCCCAUCGGCCGAGGCGCUUACGGACUCGUCUGCGCUGCCGUGAAUUCAGAGACAAAUGAGGAGGUUGCCAUCAAGAAGAUCGGCAAUGCAUUUGACAACAGAAUAGAUGCCAAGAGGACAUUACGAGAAAUUAAGCUUUUACAUCAUAUGGAUCACGAGAAUGUUAUUGCGCUUAAAGAUAUCAUACGUCCUCCAAGUAGGGAGAACUUUAAUGAUGUUUACAUGGUGUCUGAAUUGAUGGACACCGAUCUUCAUCAAAUUAUCCGCUCCAAUCAGACAUUGACUGACGAUCACUAUAGGUACUUCUUGUAUCAGUUGCUCCGUGGUCUCAAAUAUGUGCAUUCAGCAAGUGUUCUACAUCGCGAUCUGAAGCCGAGCAACUUACUUCUGAAUGCGAAUUGUGACCUUAAAAUUGGGGACUUUGGGCUAGCUAGGACCACAUCUGAAACGGAUUUUAUGACUGAGUAUGUUGUUACUCGCUGGUAUCGCGCACCGGAACUGCUCCUUAAUUGUUCAGAGUACACUGCUGCCAUUGAUAUUUGGUCCGUGGGUUGCAUACUUGGUGAAAUUAUGACUAGGCAACCCCUUUUCCCAGGCAGAGAUUAUGUUCAUCAGCUGAGACUUAUCACGGAGCUUAUAGGUUCUCCUGAUGACUCCAGCCUUGGGUUUUUAAGAAGUGAUAAUGCACGAAGAUAUGUGAGACAGCUUCCACAGUACCCAAGACAGCAAUUUGCUUCUAGAUUUCAGACUAUGUCUCCAGGUGCUGUUGAUCUCCUAGAAAGGAUGCUCGUCUUUGAUCCCAGCAAGCGAAUUACAGUUGAUGAGGCUCUGUGCCACCCAUAUUUGGCCCCUCUUCAUGAUAUAAAUGAGGAACCAGUUUGCCCGACUCCCUUUAUUUUUGACUUCGAGCAACCUUCAUUUACCGAAGAAAACAUUAAGGAGCUCAUUUGGAGGGAGUCUGUGAAGUUCAAUCCAGAUCCCAUGUGUUAGGGAUUUGCGACAGGUUGUCGCUUCAUCUACUAAUGUUCUAAAAAAAAUGAAACAAGAAUGCUGUAGAUAGCAUAGAUUUGAGGUUUUCUAGACAGUUGGACAAAAGUUUUUUCAGCUUUAUUGGAUGGCUAUGUAUGCUUAUAAUGUUCGACUUGUUCAAUGGAACCAAUGAGAAUAGGUCUUCGGCUUGAGGCUUCUUUUGGCUGUGAAGAGCUGUGACACCAAGGUGGCCCCUGUUGUUCCUUGUGCUAAAGCAUAUUCUUAGGGUUUGAAGCCACAACUUUGCUUGCCUGGGACCUUUUCUCUGUUUCUGCUGGUGAUGUCCAAGAAUAUCUGUUUGGUUUUCAGUA